CAGAAAUGGCGGGGCUUAUCAGCUGUUAGCACCACAACUGUGAAAAUGUAACGACCGGCCAGCUGUUUAAGGUGCUCAAGGUUGGGCUGAAGAUUUUCUGAACGUCAAUCAAAGGUCAAUACAAAAAAAGUAUGUAGCUUUUAGUAUCGAGUGUUAAAUUUGUAUUUAGCGAUUCCGUUAGCCAGAAGCCAGUGAAGGGUUUUGUUUUUUGUUUAUGUCAACACGCUGUUGUGUUUCUGCUGAGAUUUUAAUAUGCAGUUUGCUCUGUGACAACCUUAACUGUCCGUCAAACUCCCAACUAUUACUUUAAUUAGUCUCUAACAGCUGGCCACAGCCAAGAAACUCGUGACAUCUAUCGACUGACCACACAGCUGGAUGACCUCAAGCGGUGGCAAUAACAAUGCCCGCAAACGGGAAAGUCAUUCCCCACACCCCGUUGGCCGUGGACUUCUGGCAUGUGCGGAAGUGUCCGGGUACCCGGCUGUUUUUUCUGUCCCACAUGCACAGCGACCACACGACAGGUUUGACGUCCACGUGGAGCAAUCGCCCCAUCUACUGCUCACCUACCACCGCCAAUCUGUUGAAACUCAAGCUGCAGGUGAAAGAACAGUGGAUCCAUCCUUUAGAAGUGGGUGAGCCAUACCUACUCCCACUGGAUGAUAUUGGCAAGGAGAGGCUCACGGUCACACUGAUAGAUGCCAACCACUGUCCAGGGGCUGUCAUGUUUCUAUUCGAAGGCUACUUUGGCUCCAUCCUAUACACUGGCGACUUUAGAUACACUCCUUCAAUGCUGCGUGAGCCAUGCUUAAGGACCUACGCCACUAUAGAUGUGCUGUACCUGGACAACACUAACUGUGACCCCAACCAUACCCUGCCAUCAAGACAGCGAGCCACUCAACAGAUUAAGGAGAUUAUUCGCAGCCACCCCAGCCACAAUGUUAUCAUAGGCCUUUAUUCCUUAGGUAAAGAGUCCCUGCUAUUGGAGCUGGCGAUGGAAUUUAAAACCUGGAUUGAGGUGAGCUUUGAGAGAAUGGAGACCCUUAAAGCUCUGGAGCUGCCUGAUGUCUUCACUACUGAGCCAGGGGCCGGCCGUAUCAGAGCUGUGGACCAGUCAGAGAUUUGUGCUUCUGCUUUGCACCAGUGGAACAAAGAACAACCAACUUUGGCCAUCUUGCCCACCAGCAGGCCCCUGAUCUCUUUCCACCCUAAUGUCCAUGUAGUACCUUUUUCAGAUCACUCCUCCUACCAAGAGCUGGAGGAUUUUGUCUCAGCACUUAAACCUACCUGCCUUAUACCCAUUGUAGGAAAAUGUGUACCUGGAAGUCUUUCUGCCUUACUCCCUCACAAAAAACGCCAUGAAAUCCUGGUACCAGAGUCAGUCCGACACUACAUGUCGAGAGAGCCAGAGAGGCAACUCUGCUCAUCAGCAUACACUAGCCUUCGCCGCAAACACUUCCAUCCUCUUGUUCCUAAAGGAGUGGUAUUUGAGUCUCCUGGAUCUGGGAAGUCACGUGAAGAAGCCUGGGAGGCAGAGUGUGUGGAGCAGGAUGGAUCUGGGGAAGAGACAGAAACAGAAAGUAGUGAAAAGGACUCUGACUGUAUUCUCCUGGACCUGAGCAAAGAGCUCACCCCCAGCAGAAAUGGAAGAGGGGCUGGAGAUGUGUGGAACCUCAACAUCGUCCAGACAGUCACAGAAGAAAGAGCGAGGGAAGGGUCAACACCACUGAGCGAAAUCGCACCGAGCCGCUUCUCUCCAGUGGAGAUUCUGGCAAACACCAAUGCCUGCUUGAAGCCCAGUGUGACCACAACGUUGUCUUUAGAAACAAGUGCCAAAAUAAUCAAUAACCAGCACAGUGAGUGUGAGAACAACCACACAUUGCCAAUUGAGAAUACCAUGAGUCAGCACUGCGGGAUUGAUCAGAACAACAGCGUGACAUUAUUUCAGAACAGCCCUGAUAAUGAUUCCUGUGCUUCAUCCAGCCCACUGGUUUUGCUGAACUAUGCGUAUAUAGAGGAGCUUGAAAACAGACUUUUAAAGAACCUCCCCUUCUCAGAGGAGGACUUUAAGAGCUGUGGCCUCCUGCAGAAAAGUUUUGUGCAGCAGUUUACCCCUUCACCUUUACAGUGUUCAAAAGACAAUGACCUCUCAGACUGAUUUUUGUUUGUGGUGAUUUUGAGGUUGAAGUUUUUGCCUUCUUUUAGAGGCCUUUUUGUAUUUUUGUGUCAUCAUAAGCACUUUAAAGCAGUUAUCCUACUUGUACCUGUGCUUUAAUUCCUUGUGCUAUUUCUAUUUUUCUCUCUUUUUUUUUUCUUUUUUUUUUUUUUUUUUUUUUUGUUGUU